AUGGACGAUUCCAUUGCCAACGGGACCUAUGAACCCGUUGACGGUAUUAUGCCUCUGGCUUCGUUUACCGCCCCGCGCGUCGACUAUUCUCUGCACAGGUUGCAGCAUUAUACCGCGACAGCCGCGGAGCAUUUCCAGAACUACGUGCUCUUCACCAACUAUCAGUUCUAUAUCGAUGAAUUUUGCCGCAUGUCGCAUGAACUCCUGGCAGACCCGGAAAGUGGCUACGAAGCCUUCGUGGCGCCGGGCAACCUGAUCACGCAAUCCGGCGAGACCGAACCCUCCUGUGGCACGGAACUUUCCAAGUUGCCCCAGAUGCCUGCCUACCACCUGAAAAGGGCGGAUGGCAGCGGCAUCACCAUGGUCAAUAUCGGCGUCGGUCCGUCGAAUGCCAAGACGAUCACCGAUCAUGUCGCGGUGCUCCGGCCGCAUGUCUGGUUGAUGCUCGGUCAUUGCGCCGGCCUCAGGAACAGCCAGACACUCGGAGACUAUGUGCUGGCGCACGGGUAUGUCCGUGACGACAAUGUCCUGGACCAGGAUCUGCCGACCUGGGUUCCGAUCCCGCCAUUGGCCGAAGUUCAGGUCGCAUUGGAGGACGCCGUGGCGGAAGUUACCGGCAUCGACGGCUAUGACCUGAAGAAAUUGAUGCGGACCGGAACAGUGGUGUCCCUCGACAACCGGAACUGGGAACUGUGGGACCAGUCAGAACUGGUCAAGCGUUUUUCCCAGUCGAGAGCGAUCGCGCUUGAUAUGGAGUCAGCCACGAUCGCCGCCAACGGUUUCCGAUUCCGCGUCCCGUAUGGCACAUUGCUUUGCAUUUCCGACAAGCCGCUUCAUGGCGAAUUGAAACUGCCCGGCAUGGCAACGGACUUUUACAAGCGUCAGGUCGCCCAACACCUUCAGAUCGGCAUCAGGUCCGUGGAAAAGAUGCGUAACAUGACCGCGGAAAGGCUGCAUUCCCGAAAACUCCGGAGCUUUGCGGAAACUGCGUUCCAGUAA